AAUGAUUUAAGUGACGUAUCAUAAUUAAAAUAUAUAUUAUUCAUAAUAUGCGUUACGACAGAAUUCAGCGGCGGCGGAGCUUCUGCUUAGACCUUCUGCGCAUCUCAUUGUUUACUUCCGUGGUAGAACGCGAAAGCAAUUUAAAGGGCAGUCGCCAUUUUGUGAAGACGCAUGAAUACGAUACUGGAGUAAUUUAAAGACAAUUUGUAUUUCAAGGCUUUCUUGUGGAGAUGGCCCACCCUUUGCAGCUAUAACAGCUUCAGCUCUUCUGGGAAGGCUGUCCACAAGAGGAUCCAGCAGGAUCUGGUCUGGAUCGGCGCAGAAAUGAAGGGAGAUGCUUCUGAAAUGGGUCCCUCAGUGAAGCGUAAGGAGAGAGGAGCUGCUUCUCAAUCGGGUCCCUCAGUGGGUAAAAAAUGGAGAUCAAAGAGGGUCCUGAGGAAGAGAGCAGGCUCACCUGCACCCAGCUGUGUUUCCUUGAAGAGUGACAGGUCAAUGAAACCCCCAUUCAACUUCAGAGAGGGACCUUUUCCUACAGAUCAAAGGGUCCUGAGGAAGAGAGCAGGCUCACCUGCACCCAGCUGUGUUUCCUUGAAGAGUGACAGGUCAAUGAAACCCCCAUUCAACUUCAGAGAGGGACCUUUUCCUACAGAUCAAAGGGUCCUGAGGAAGAGAGCAGGCUCACCUGCACCCAGCUGUGUUUCCUUGAAGAGUGACAGGUCAAUGAAACCCCCAUUCAACUUCAGAGAGGGACCUUUUCCUACAGAUCAAAGGGUCCUGAGGAAGAGAGCAGGCUCACCUGCACCCAGCUGUGUUUCCUUGAAGAGUGACAGGUCAAUGAAACCCCCAUUCAACUUCAGAGAGGGACCUUUUCCUACAGAUCAAAGGGUCCUGAGGAAGAGAGCAGGCUCACCUGCACCCAGCUGUGUUUCCUUGAAGAGUGACAGGUCAAUGAAACCCCCAUUCAACUUCAGAGAGGGACCUUUUCCUACAGAUCAAAGGGUCCUGAGAGAGAGAGCAGGCUCACCUGCACCCAGCUGUGUUUCCUUGAAGAGUGACAGGUCAAUGAAACCCCCAUUCAACUUCAGAGCGGGACCUUUUCCUACAGAUCAAAGGGUCCUGAGGAAGAGAGCAGGCUCACCUGCACCCAGCUGUGUCUCCGUGAAGAGUGACGGGUCAAUGGAAGAGCCACCUACCUUCAGAGAGGGACCUUUUCCUACAGAUCAAAGAGACCAAAUGAAAAGAUGUAAUUCAGAUCCACAUGAAGGAGACUUGUCAUCCAUCUUCAAGCUGCUAGAGGAAAAAGCUCAAAUGUUUGUGAAGGAUGAGCUGAGGAGAUUCAGAAGGUGCCUAGAUCAGAAUUACCCAGAAUGCUCUGAGCCUCAGCCGGAGGAGGACAAUGACCUGGACAGUGAUGGUCAGAUGCAGAAGAUCUGUGGUAGAGAGGCAGCUCUGAAGAUCACACUGUACAUCCUGAGGACCAUGGAGCAAAAUGAUCUCGCUGACAUGCUGGAGAAGAAACUUCAGUCGCAAUCUCAGCACAGAAUUAAAUGUAACAUGAACAAGAAAUUUGAGUGUGUAUUUGAAGGGAAACCCAAGGAAGGACAGCCAAAAUUUCUCAAUGAGAUUUACACAGAACUCUACAUAACUGAAGGUGGGACUGGAGGAGUCAAUGAUGAACAUGAAGUGAGACAGAUUGAAACAGCAUCCAAGAAAAGGCAAACAGAAGAUACUACAAUCAAGUGCAAUGAUAUAUUUAACCCCUUAUGUGGGCGUGAGACACCUAUCAGAACUGUACUCACUAAAGGUGUUGCAGGUAUCGGGAAAACAAUCUCUGUGCAGAAAUUUAUUCUUGACUGGGCAGAAGGAAAAGCAAACCAGGAUGUUCACUUCAUAUUUGCUCUUCCUUUCCGGGACCUGAAUUUGAUUAAGGGUGAAUACAGUCUGAUUGAACUGCUUCUCCACUUUGUCCCAGAACUGAAAUCACUUGAAUCCACUGAGCUGUUUAGGUACAAAGUCUUGUUCAUCUUUGACGGUCUGGAUGAGUGUCGCCUUCCUCUGGAUUUUCAGAACAAUGAGAGCUGGUUUGAUGUAACAAAGAAAACGUCACUGGAUGUGCUGUUGACUAACCUCAUUAAGGGGAAUCUGCUUCCAUCCGCUCUCCUCUGGAUAACCUCCCGGCCGGCAGCAGCCAAUCAGAUACCUCCUGACUGCAUCCACCGGGUGACAGAGAUACAAGGGUUCAGUGAUGCCCAGAAGGAGGAGUAUUUCAGGAGGAGAUUCAGUGAUCAGAGGCUGGCCAGCAGGAUUAUCACACAUGUGAAAUCAUCAAGGAGCCUCCUCAUCAUGUGCCACAUACCUGUGUUCUGCUGGAUUUCAGCCACUGUCCUUGAGAAAAUCUCAAGUGAGACUGACAGGGGAGAAAUUCCAAGGACUCUGACUGAAAUGUACACACACUUCCUAACCUUUCAUACAAGUUUAAAAAAUGACAAGUAUAUGAAAAAUUAUGACAUCAAGCGUCAUAAAUACAGCAAGGAAUUCCUUUUAAAACUUGGUAAACUGGCUUUUGACAACCUUGAGAAAGGCAAUAUCAUAUUUUAUGAGCAAGAUCUGACAGAGAAUGACAUUGAUGUCACUGAAGCUUCAGUUUACUCUGGAGUGUGCACAGAAGUCUUUAAAGAGGAAUAUGGGCUGUAUGAGGAGAAGGUGUACUGCUUUGUGCAUCUGAGCAUCCAGGAGUAUCUAGCUGCUUUAUACGUGUUUCUGUCAAACUCAUCAGCUGACCUGCUGAAGACUGCAGUGGAUCAGGCAUUAAAGAGCAAGAAUGGACACUUGGACCUCUACCUCCGCUUCCUCCUGGGCCUUUCAACAAACUCCAGUAAGACUCUGUUACAGAGGCUACUGGGACAGACAGGAACCAGCUCACAUGACAUUAAGAAAACAGGCCAAUACAUCAAGGAGAAAAUACAGGAGAAUUUAUCUCCAGAAAGAACCAUCAACUUGUUCCACUGUCUGAAUGAACUGGGUGACAAUUCUCUAGUAAAGGAAGUACAAAGACACCUGAAUUCAGGACGUCUUUCAGCAGAAGACCUCUCACCUGCACAGUACUCAGCUCUGGCCUUUGUGAUGCUGAUGUCAGAUGAGGAGCUGGAUGUGUUUGAUCUGAAGAAAUUCAUCAGAUCAGAUAACCAGCAUUGGAGGCUGCUGCCUGUGGUGAAGACAUCUAGGACAGCUCUGCUGAACAGCUGUAAUCUCACAGAGAAAUGCUGUGAGGGGCUGGCUUCAGCUCUCAGAUCAAACUCCUCACACCUGAGAGAGCUGGACCUGAGUGACAAUGACCUGCAGGAUUCAGGAGUGAAGCUGCUCUCUGCUGCACUGGGGGAUUCACACUGUAAACUGGAGAUACUGAGGCUGUCAGGCUGUAGAGUCACAGAAGAAGGCUGUUCUUCUCUGGCUUCAGCUCUGAGGUCAAACCCCUCACACCUGAGAGAGCUGGAUCUGAGCUACAAUCACCCAGGAGACUCAGGAAUGAAGCUGCUCUCUGCUGUACUGGAGGAUCCCAGCUGUAAACUGGAGAAGCUGAAGCUGUCAGGCUGUAGAGUCACAGAAGAAGGCUGUUCUUCUCUGGCUUCAGCUCUGAGGUCAAACCCCUCACACCUGAGAGAGCUGGAUCUGAGCUACAAUCACCCAGGAGACUCAGGAGUGAAGCUGCUCUCUGCUGUACUGGAGGAUCCCAGCUGUAAACUGGAGAAGCUGAAGCUGUCAGGUUGUAGAGUCACAGAAGAAGGCUGUUCUUCUCUCGCUUCAGCUCUGAGGUCAAACCCCUCACACCUGAGAGAGCUGGACCUGAGCUACAAUCACCCAGGAGACUCAGGAGUGAAGCUGCUCUCUGCUAUACUGGAGGAUCCCAGCUGUAAACUGGAGAAGCUGAAGUUGGACCAGUGUGAACUCACAGAGAAAUGCUGUGAGGCGUUGGCUUCAGCUCUCAGAUCAAACCCCUCACACCUGAGAGAGCUGGACCUGAGUGACAAUGACCUGCAGGAUUCAGGAGUGAAGCUGCUCUCUGCUGGACUGGGGGAUUCCCACUGUAAACUGGAGAUAUUGAGGCUGUCAGGCUGUAGAGUCACAGAAGAAGGCUGUUCUUCUCUGGCUUCAGCUCUGAGGUCAAACCCCUCACACCUGAGAGAGCUGGAUCUGAGCUACAAUCACCCAGGAGACUCGGGAGUGAAGCUCCUCUCUGCUGUACUGGAGGAUCCCAGCUGUAAACUGGAGAAGCUGAAUGUGGACCACAGUGGAGAGUGCCGGACCAGACCCGGCGUACAGAAAUACUCCUGCCAGCUGACACUGGACCCCAACACAGCACACAAAGGCCUGUCUCUGUCAGGGGGGAACAGGACGGUGAAAUGGGGGUCAGACCGGCAGCCAUAUCCUGAUCAUCCAGAGAGAUUUGAUGGCUGGCCCCAAGUUCUGUGCAGAGAGAGUCUGACUGACCGCUGUUACUGGGAGGCUGAGUGGGAUGGACAUAGAGUUGAAAUAGGAGUGACUUAUAGAGGAAUCGGGAGGAAUGGAUGGAGUGCUGACUGUCUGCUUGGAGGUAAUGACAAGUCAUGGAUUCUGCACGGUGACCCUGACAGUUACUCUGUCUGGCACAAUGAUAAACAGACUGACAUACCCAUACGGCCCUCAGGCUCCCGCAGAGUAGGAGUGUAUCUGGACUGGAGGGCUGGUGCUCUGUCCUUCUACAGAGUCUCCUCUGAUGGACUGACCCUCCUGCACAGAUUCACCUCCUCAUUCACUGAGCCCCUCUAUCCAGGGUUUGGGGUUUAUUAUCCAAACUGCUCAGUGUCGUGGUGCAUGCUGGGAUAGCUCACUGCACACUGGAGGAAUCAUUUUUACUGUAUCACAUUGUGACGUGUUACCGCUUCUCCAUGGUAAAUCUCAGAUUUUUUACAUGUAUAACCUUUUUUACUCUGAAGUGUGACUGAUGUAUAUGUAUAUUUUAUAUAUUUAUGUAUUUAUUGUAUUUUCCUCUCUGCAAUGACACUAACGGCCUUCUACUCUAUAUUGUUCGUCUCCGGAUUCCCAAAGCAUAUCGGAGAAACAUAAUUAAACAGCAACUCUAUGGGGAAAUAAAGUUUAAUGUUACAACCGAGCAUAACUCGCACUAUUAGACUAAAUCGGCAUGUAUAAUAACCGUUUAAC